GAGCGUCUCCCGGUUUAUAGUCGGUGCUGCAGGCAGACGUCUAGGGCCGAUGCAAUUGCAAGAACACUGCAGUUGGGCGUCCGUUUCUUUCGAAUUUUUAAAACGGGACGAGUUUUCGAACUGAGUUGAGAAAUUCGAGUCGACGUCCGACGUCCGCUUAACCUGUCGUAUUUCAAAUUAAUAUUUUCAUUCCGUCGUUCCACGUCGACACGCACGCCUGCCUGAUAAACCUCGGCCAUUUCUGUACACAGAUAUACACACACAUUCGCGCACGUACACACCGAUGCAUACUUACUCACACAUGCACGCAUACACACACAGGUACACUCAUGUACCCUCGUCGUUCAUUACGCGCAGCUUUUGAGGGGAAAAGUUUAUUCCCAUUAGAUAUAUAUAUAUAUAUAUAUAUUAGCUAUCUGCAAGUUUUUUGAAAAGUGAAGUUCGGUUCGAGGGGAGGAAAAAACAUAAUUUCACACUUUUUUUAUACAAAUAAAUAUUGCGUCUUUCGUUUUAUCAUUUUAUGAGUUUCUUCUGCGGCAUGAGUCUUAAAGGGUAUUUCAACAAGUCGCUAAUUUUUCGCGAAUCAAACGUUUCGUCGAGGGUAACGUAGAAAGUGCGAUCUCGUGUGGUCAGACGAACGAUUUCUAUAAUAAUUAUUCAUAAAUCACCUGGACCGAAUAUGAGUUAAAAGAAAUUCGGAACUGUUUAGUGUAAGAAGAGUUUAAGUAGUCCCAAAGUAGUGUCGAGAACGUUUGAAACAGUCACGAUGGUGCUUCACGGUGUGAAUCAGAACGGACUCCUCUCGUUCGAGAACCCAAACUAUCAUCUGGACCCGGCGCGCCUCGACGACGCCCUGAACAGUAACAGCGGCAGUUCCCUCUACGACGAGCUUUACCAGGAAUUGGUUGGCGGCGGAGAAGUGACCGGGGGUGGCGGCGGAGACGGAGGCGUAACCAGGGUACAGGCCCGACGCACCUACGCAGCACUUGACCUUGGAAGUAUGGGGGUCGACGUAACGCAAGGACCUCUCACCCAGGAGUCGGGGGAGGACGCCGCCGACAACACCGACAAUCACAACCUGAGGUACAGCAAUGAGGGUGUAGCGGAGGAGUCGACGCUGGUCGAUGACACCCUCAACGGCAAUCCUCACGUUCAUGUACUCGACCGAGCCGACAGAUCAAAGGGUCCAACAUUGCCUCCGCAAGUUAGCGCCUCCUCAUUGACGGAUUCCGUCGGAUCUAUCCGCUGCACUCGCGGUCCAGAUCAAACUGAAAGAGCCAACGCCACCUUAAGGGACUACUGCGAGAAGCCUGACAACGAAUCAGAGAUGGGUGGAAUACCUCACGUGGAAGGUGGGCUGAACAGCGACCUUUACGCGGUUCCAGUAAAACGUCGUCAGCCAAAAGACCACAAAGACCAGAAGGACUUGCCGCUGCAACCGAGCACGGAGAAGCUGCCAGCGUCCGAGGACAUCGACGCGGUUGACUCCGAGGACAAAGACGAGAAUCUCCCGCCGGGAUGGGAGAAGCACGAAGACAACGACGGCCCGUAUUAUUGGCACAUAAAAAGCGGCACCAUCCAAAGAGAACCACCCGAGGCUCCUCUGCCUUCGAAAUCAGACUCUCGCAGAAGUUUAGUUAAGGAUAACGAUAGUAUAAACAAUUUUCACUCGAUCGGCGGAAUGGUGAACACGGUCACCCGCAGCAACACAAGCUCUGCCCUUGAUCAGGAUCUGGAGAACAAGAGGAAAGAGGAUCUAGCUCUCAAGCGAAGGAGUUACCCAGCUCGUGUCGACACCGAGAGCAGAGACAGGCCAAUAAGGUUUGCGGUCCGUUCGUUGGGGUGGGUCGAGGUGGCCGAAGAGGAUCUGACCCCGGAGCGAAGUAGCAAAGCCGUCAACAAGUGCAUCGUCGAUUUGUCACUGGGGAGGAACGAUCUGCUGGACGUUGUCGGAAGAUGGGGAGACGGAAAAGACUUGUUUAUGGACUUGGACGAGGGUGCGCUUAAGCUAAUAGAUCCGGAAAACCUGACGGUACUCAAUACUCAGCCCAUUCAUACGAUCAGAGUGUGGGGCGUUGGAAGAGACAAUGGACGCGAAAGGGACUUUGCGUACGUCGCCAGAGACAGAUCGACGCGAAGACACAUGUGUCACGUGUUUCGUUGCGACAUGCCGGCACGCACGAUCGCCAACACCCUUCGCGAUAUUUGCAAGAAGAUUAUGAUCGAGAGAUCGCUUCAUCAGAAUCUUGCUAAGCCAGUUGAUAUUAACGGGAGAACGAGUUUGGCAACUAGACCGACUAAUCUUCCUACGGAACAUAGACGAUUCCACAGAAAUGGUCAGGCCCUAGUCACACAAUCUUUCCCGACGCCAAUGGAAGAGCCGAAGAAAGUAUUAAGAGCACAAUACCUAGGCUCGAUGCAAGUUUCGCAAGCCAGCGGUAUGGACGUGUUGAAUGACGCGAUAGAUCAUAUGGUAACAAACACGCCGAAUGAUCAGUGGCGAAAUGUUAACGUUGCAGUGGCACCGAGCAUGAUAUCCAUACUGACGCCAAAUGACGACAAGCUCAUAACCGAAUGUCGAGUUCGUUACCUGUCCUUUUUGGGGAUCGGCCGCAACGUGAAACAGUGUGCCUUCAUAAUGCAUACGGCUCAGGACAUUUUUAUCGCACACGUAUUCAACUGCGAACCGAGUAGCGGAGCGCUGUGCAAAACUAUCGAGGCUGCUUGCAAGUUGAGGUACCAGAAAUGCCUAGACGCUCAUCCCCAAGGAUUCAGGAAUGCAACCAGCCUAAACACUCCUGGAGGACGGGGACUUGGAGCCACUUUGAAGUCUCUUGUCGGAUCUCUUACUGGUCGAAGAAAUAAGCAGGGUGAAUCCUGAGAUGAGGCUCUCUCGCUGCAGGAACUGUGGCCACUACCUGCAGAGCGAGAGGUAAUAAGACACAGACAUCUGCAGUCCCCGUUGACCCUGAAAUACUUUGGAGGAUCACCGCCUAGUGCAUCUCUGCGAUCACUUCUCUCGCCUUCGUUGGAUACAAGGCGCAUACAACUUGCACGAUGGGAAAGCAAUCCUUAGAUAAACGUACGGUCCCUUCUUUCAAAGAUGAAUAAUUUUGAAAAGAUGGCAAGAAAGAACAGGAAUGGAAAAAGAAAUGAGAAAAAUAAUCCCACGUCAAGAUUCCGGCACUGAUGUUGUGUCGCUGCCCAUAAGACCUCUCCUUCAGUCCCUAAGAUAAGAGAAAAAAAAAACAAAACAAAAAAAAAUAUCGUGAAUUCAGCAACGUGCUAUAUGAAACCUAUAAACGACAAGGCUUAGUGUUAAUAUUACAUUGCAGUUUCUGAGUUGAUAUAAAACGGAUAAAGAUAUGGAAGAAGCAAAAUACUCAACACAUCCGCAGCAAUUGUUUAAAGUUUUUUUUUUACGUACAAUUUUAAGGUUUUUCUAUUUUUUUUUUGUUUGUUUAAUAUCGUACUCUUUUAUUUUUUUUCCCCAUCCACGUAAACAUAUAUUAAAAGCAUCACAGUCAAGAUUAGACUUUUUUUUGUAGUUGAAUUAAAACGUAGAUGGUGCAACUUGCCUGUCAAAAUUAGUCGUUGGCCAGAAGAAAAUUGGUAAGAGAAUCAAAAAUAACAACGCAUUCGACAUGCGUGUCUCGUCUCUUACAAAAUCAUAUGAUCGUGAAAAAAAGUUGUGAAAAAGGAAACGAGUUAAAGAAAAUAACUGUUCCUACGAUCUUAUGUUUUUCGUCCUGCUCUCCAGACAAACGAUGGUUUCUUUGAUAAUUAACGGUAAGAGCUAAAUGAAUUGAAUAAAUAUCACUGACAAUUUUCACGAUACAGAAAUUGCUCGGACAUUCCGUGAAGCUGUAACUUUAUAAUAAUAACAUGAAAUUUAAACAGCUUCUCAAUUUUAAUAAUCAUCACGCGCGUCAGACGCCGUAUAAUUAUAUCAAGUAGACAAAUAUGAAUAUAUAUUUAAUAUAUAUAUAUUAUAUAUAUAUACAUAUAAUAUAUAUAUAUAUAUAUAAAUACAUACGUAUAUAAGAUUUAUAUUAAGUACUGGUUGUAAAUGAAACUAAUAAGGAAAAAAUCAAAAAGAAAAUUUUUCAAUGUACCCUAUUGAAUUAGCUGAUUAAAUGAUAUUAUCGAACUUUUCGCGUAAUGCAGUGACCAGGCAGAACGACCUUUGCGUUACUGAAGAAGAGAGAAGAGAAGAAAGGAAAUUAAAGAAACAAGGGAAUAAAGAAAACCAAACAAAAACCACACAAAUAAAAAAAGAAAAUGAAAAACACUAAAUUCUGUACAUACGAGGAACGAGUGAUUAAUUUAAUAAAUAUUAUUACCAUACGAUAUAAUGUAAGUAUUAGGAUUAACGAGAAAGAAAGGGAAAAAGAGGUGUAUAAGUUUAUAAUAUACAGAGUAUCCACAAGGCAUUUGAAAAGCUACAUAAUUAUAGAGCUUAUUAUAUAUUCUUGAGUGUACAGUACGAAAAGGAAGAUCGAAGUAAAUCGAAGGGAAGAAAUUUCAAAUCAUCACACUACACUGCGUAGGGAUAGGUGUUUAUUUUUUAAUGCCAGGUUAAUUAGGGAGAGCCUGCGACGAGGUGAUAUGACAAAUAUUAGCGUGAUCAGCAGAGUGUCAGAAUGUAUCAACUUUGAAAGUGUGUAUGUAAAGAAGCUAUACUUAUAAGGUAGUAGUGUUAUGAAUAAUUACGGAAUGAACAGAGAAAAAAGCGAAGAAAAAAAGAAAAAAAAAUUGCUAUCAAAAUAUCUCUCGCAUAUAUCCUGCGUUAAUUAAUAGUGUUCAGAGACGAAUUAAAUCGCAAGAUCGAGCUAUAACGGUACAUCUACAGUAUGUGUAUGUACAUACAAGUAUAUUUAUAUACGUGUAAUGGGUAUGUGUAUUAUAUUGACAUUAUACUUGAAUUCUGACUGCUGUGAAUGCAUAAGACACGUAUAUUAUGUAUGUUUACAAAUUUAUGUGUAUAAACACAUAUUAUUUGUGUAUCAUGCAGCGUUUUCUUUUUAUAUUCGAACGAAACGGAAGAUAAUAUUAAUUUAUGGUUAAAUAUAUAUAAUAUAUAUAUAUAUAUAUAUAUAUAUAUUAUCACAUAUAAACAGAUAAACGCUAUGAAAAUUUGAAUAUAAAAAGCUAGACGCACCCUUGAAUUAUAGUAUAAGGAUUACGUAUAUAACAAAUCGUAUAGGUUAGUAAAUAUAUAUUAUACGUAUCCUAUAUAUCUAACCCUAAAUUGAAACGCGAUUGAUUGAUAAUGACAUAUAUUAUACAUAUUAUAAUUAUUAUGUAUUACUGUAAGAAUUGUUUUUAUUAUCACAGUAAAUUGAUAUCGUGCUGCAAACAUACAUAGAUGUAAUAAUAAUAAUAAUAUUUAAUAACAACAAAAACAUGAUAUUUGCUACUGUUGCUGGUUGCAGGGAAUAAUAUUAUAAUGAUAUUCUAACCGUGACAAGUAAUAUAUAUGUAUAUAUAUUAAUUGUAUGAUUAUCAUUAAUUUUAUUACACUGUAACUGCUGAUGUUUAUAAUUACUGUUACUCUUGUUGUCACUAAUUGUCACCAUUUUUUACAUUCAUUUACUGCCAGUUACAGCUGAUGACACUCGCGGACAAGUACUGCUAUUGAUUAUAAUGUUACCAUUCGCAUCGAUGGGGCGAAUUUCAUAUUUACCACGAUAAUAACACGCAUAUAAUGUGUAAGUACGACGAGGAAAAAUAUGGCAUGGCGUGGGGCUUAUAGCUUUUCAGGCAAAAAUUAAACGGUGCAAUUCACUGCCAUGUAUUCGCAAAUAUUGCGUCUAAUUCAAGCAAUUUUACAACAAGUUACAGAAAAAUCAGGACAAAUCGCGACCAGUGGGUUAACUGUUGCUCGAAAAUUGGAAUUCGUUAAUUAUAAAAGCACACUAUUCGCGUGAAGUAUUAUCAACUAUCAAUUGACACAAAAUUCAAGCCAUGCCAAUUAUGUAUGAUGGAUUAUUCUUGUACAGACAGCUGGGGAUUCUGUUAUAAUUGGAUCCGAAAUGUAGCAAUGGGCCAAAAUAAAGAAAAAAAAAAUCAUUAAAAAAGCGAUUACAACGGCUAGUAUUUCUCAAUAUUGACGGUAUCCAAAUGUUCCUAUAUAAAUCGUUGCAAUUAUACAGAUGAAUUGCAUAGCUAGAUAAAAAAUAAAAAAGUAAAGCGGAAAAAAAUAAUGGAGAAAAGAAAACUGCGGUGCCGCUGACGAGAGAUAAAAACAAAUUAAUUAAGUUGAAUUACCACAAAUAAAACGGAACAAAAGAUGUGAAGGGUGAAUAGAAAAAAAAACGAAAAAAAAAAACAGACAAAAGGAAUAAGGACAGAAAAAUACUUGUUGUUGAAAUCAGAAAUAGUGAAAAAAAAAAAUGAAUAAAUAAGUUAAUGUUUUGCAAAGGCUGUUACUGCGAAGAGUAAACUUGUGCGGGACCCAGGAC